GAUCGCUUCCACCGCUAUCAUCCUUGCAGUUGCAGAGACCAUCCCUAAAAUAGCUAAUGAAGAUCACUAGCUUGGCCAUGUAGUUGCAGAGCUCAACAAUUUCUGAACCUUCGUUGUUGGAGGUUCCAAGCUUAUCAUGAACUUGGCCGAACACCACGAACGUAUGUAUCAUGGCCGAAUACAGAAAUACUAAACCAAGUCGAAAAGAGAGUUCAAGAACCAAGCAGAUAUUGGCAUCGAAAAAGCAAAUGGGAGUGUCUUCUAUCUCUUUUCUUUCAGAUGCUUGUGUUGCAAGAACCGCCACAUCAAUGGAUUUCCUCUCUAUCACCAACAGCUUUCUUGGUGGCAGGAGGAUGCCAUGGACCAGAGGGAAACGAGCCUGCAGAAGGAUUAGGCGUCAAAUCCUUUGUCACCUCCAAUAAGGCUUUCCAUUGUAAUGGUUGUGGAGGUUUAUUCUAGCAAUAGAAAAUUGUGUCGGAAGAUUAUCAAGGCUGGAUAUAGUCUUAUAGGGGGAGGCUUUGGAUGACAUAGAUGCCUGCGGUACUGAAGGAAAGAUUUGGAUAAGCUUCAAGUGUGGCAUGGAAUCCGGGCAAUAAAAGAAGGAAAAGAACUAAUUUUGUUUAUCACACUAUUGGAUAUCCAAAAGACAAGCAAUGGAUGGGCUUCAGACGACGUUGCUGCCUCUUUUGGUAGAUUUAUGCAUAUACGAUUCUACACCUUCUGUUUCUUGUUUAAGGGUUAUCUUUUUCUUCUGCAUAGGACUUAGGGGAGCUCAUUGAUCUGAUGAGGAUUUGUAUUAUAUUCCUCAUUUUUCUAAACGCAGGCAGCGCUCUCUUAAUUUGCUGCUAGUGCACCUUUUUUUGGUCAUUCUAGAAAUGCUUAAUUAAGCUGAAAUGAGAAAGAUAUGUACAAAUUAAUUCUGGAGUUCGCAAAUUCUAGUGUGAUAAAAUUAACAGGGUGUCACAUGACGUGUCGAUGAUAAGGAUUCACCCACUAUAAGUGUGCUAUUUAUGGUAUCUUUCUUAAGUUAAGGAGUAUAAAUGGUCGGAACCCUAAUUUCUUUUGAGAUUGAGAAUGCAAGAGAGGGAGGAGAUGGAGAGGAGAGGCGGCGAUCGAUAUGAUCUUCGUCCAUUGGUGCGAUACUCAUCAAUGGCAGGCACCUUACUGGAGUGGGACGAUGACUCAGAGGACAAUCGAGGAAGACGCAAAAAGCGUAAAAGAAGUAAACAUAGAGGGUUGAAUCAAUGGGCUGAACUCCCUGAGGAUAUUCUUUAUGUUUUAUCAAAGCGACUCAGCAUGGUGGAUUAUUUGUCAUUCAGUCGUGUCUGCACCAGCUGGAGGUCAAGUUCUAAGGCCUUUAGAAAGGAUUUUCUGACAUCUGUUUCUCCAUUUAUGAUUAUCAUGUCAUCCCGGGGUAAGAAGUCAUGCUUCUUCUUCAACAUAUCUGAUGGGGCGAGAUACAAGACCAAGCUGCAUUGCCGUUCCCAAAGAUUCUUCCUUGGGGUUUCUAGUGGAUACUUUGUCAUUUUACCCCCUGGCAAUCUUUUAUCGUUUACAAAUCCUGUUACAGGGCACCUGCUUGAAGUUCCUAGGCCACCUUUUCCUGAGAGAAGACCAGAAGUCCGUGAAAUGGCAAUCAUUGGUUCUAUUAUCCCUCAGAAAGAUUUUAUAAUUGUGACUCUUUGUCAGGCAUGUAAUCAGAUCCACUUUCGUCGAUAUAGGGAUGCCGAAUGGAUAGCUCUUGCGUAUGAUAGGAAAGAAAGAAGAAAAGCUGUGGAUGUAGCUGUCUUUAAGUACAAGAUUUAUGCUCUAUUCUUUGAUGGUCAUAUUGGAUGUUUCGAUUUGAAGUCUGCUUGUAUUACUUUUCUGGAGUUGGAAGGGAGGCCUGAGUCUUGUAGCAACAAUAUGAAAUUUGUGGUUGGGGAUGAACGACUCUUGGUAGUUGAUUUCACUCCCUAUAAGAAGCUAGAAAUUCAUGAGAUAGAUUUUUUGGAGAUGAAGUGGGUGAAGGUUACUGAUCUCGGUGAUAAAGCAUUGUUUUUGUCCACCUUCAGAGGCAUUAGAUUGAUCAGUCCGAAAAAGUGGGGAGGACCAAUUAACUGCUUGUACUAUCUUCCUUCUAUUGGCCUGAGGUGUGAGUUGAUCUCCCUUAACUGCAGUAUCAUUGACAGGAUCGAAACUGGCAUAGAAUUUCCUGCGAGUUACCUGCGAUUUAACUUUGGAUGGUUCUUCCCAGAUCAAGCUUAUGAGAUGGAUGUUGUCUGGGAUGAUAAACAUGGUGAUAUGCCGGAGCAGUAUACCAUAGAAUGAAGUCUCUAGUGUUGCUCCUUUACUAUUUUGCCUUCUGAAUUUGGGCAAGACUAUAGUUUGAAAUAGCUUUCUGAUGCUAUUUGCCUUUCUUUCCCUUCCCUGUUGAAUUUGGUUUUAUUGGAUGUUGGAUUUCUUGUUGGAUUUUCGUUGUGUUUCCAUAUUUGAAUUUUUCUGGUGAAUUUUA